AUGGCGAAAUUUCAGAAAGCAAAAUGUGUACGUGCCAGAGAUGACCCUUAUUUCGAUGGAAUGCGAAGAGGUGAAACAACAGCCAUUAACAAAGGAAGUGGUUUAGACAUCCUUAGAAAAGUCACUAUAAAUGAUAUAACGAGGUCAGCCUCUGAUGUUGGUAACAGGGGACAGAAAAAAAUUACUGUGAAAUUAUCUGAAAAUGAUGUUUAUAAUGAUAGACACUCUCCUAAUUCAGCUUCAAAAGGUAUACAUGAAUCUCUUGGUCGGUCAUUAUCUGUAAGGUGGUCAGCAGCAUCCAAAUUGAAUUCCCCUCCAGUGAGAAGCCCGCGGACUGGUCUGAAGAUUGAUCUGCAUGAUGUAGAUGAGUCUUCAGUUCAGUCUAGUCCAAAAUCAUCUGAUGUAGAGUACCACUCACCUGGUGGCUUGACUUUGCCUGCCUAUGAAAGAUCUUACACUGUGACCAAGAAAAGUAGAACUGUCUCCGAUAUUCCACUUCCUCCAUCUGCAGCAUCGUUCUACUGUGGAAAUUCAGCGCAGAUGGAAGUUCUUGGAUCAUGUCAAGGAAUUCACAGGCUGAAUAUUUUUCUAAAGGCAAGAAGAGAUUAUGUUAGUGCAGGAGUACCAUCACAAUUCUUGCAUGCAGUGAUUGGACCGGACUGCUGUGAUGUUGGAUCUGUUGCUUCAACCAUAAUGUAUGCUUUUUACUUGAAUGAAACAUUAAAUGAUGACAAGUUAUGCACUGUGCCUGUCAUCAACAUGAAAAGGUCGGAUGUUCAUUCUCAUGCUGAGCUCAAAUGGCUACUUGAUUCUUGCUUUGUUGAUGAAUCUUCCUUAAUUUUCGUUGAUGAGAUUGACCUGUCCUACUAUGAAUUAUAUGGGAGUCUUCAACUUGUUUUAGUCAAUUGUAGCAAGCUUCCAGCUAAUCAGGAGGUACGCAUUCUUUUUAAGGGUGCUGAAUUCCUAUUAAUGAGUUAA